AUGCUCUGUGCAGAUAUGGAUGAUAAUAGUCCUCAAUCUAAAUCUUCGAUACAAGCAUCAGGUUUAUCCAAUUCUACAUCUGGUCAAGUUCCACAAGUAAAAUAUUCAAACAACCAACAUUCUUCUCAAACAGCUUCCUCGAAUAAUGAUUUACUUGUUUAUAUACCUGAUAUUCCAACAAACAUAUCAGAAAAAGAACUUGAGGAAAUGAUUCAAACUCGUAUCAGUACAAAUCUACGUAUCAAAAUGAGUGAUAUAAAAUGCUAUUCAAAUCUCGGUGUUGCUGUGAUUCGAUUAAUGAAUGAAGAAGACAAAAAACAUCUUGUUUCUAAUGUUCAAUCAAUGGUUCUCGACUACUCGAUCGAAAUAUAUCCAAAAAUUCCUACCGCUGACGAAGUGGCUCGUCGCUAUAUGCAAGUAUAUACAAUAGCAGAUCUUCGUUCAUGUCAACAGAUAUCCGUUCAGUUUCCAAAUAUUUUUCGUUUCUCUCUGAAUACAUUCGAUGAACCUGUUAAAGCAGUUAAAAAUCCAGAUUUUAAAAUUGGAAGUGCCUUUGCUACUGUUUAUUUGCGUGCUGAUUGUAGUUAUUUUGAAGAUUUACCACCAUAUACUAACGAUGAAAAUAUUUCAUCAGCCAUUGCCACUCAAAUUGAUGAAAAUAAACUUCAACUUACGUCUUUUUACGUGCAAUAUAAUAAGCAGACAGAUAUGAAAACACCCUAUCCAUCAACAAAUAUUAUUGUAAUUAAUCAAGAUUGUCUUGCUCUUUAUGAAAAAUUAGUCUCCGAAGGACAUCGGCCAUUAUUAUUAAAUAUGGCAAAUGCAACUAAUCCUGGAGGUGGAUAUCGUAAAGGUGAUGGAGCACAAGAAGAAAAUCUAUUUCGUUGA